UUGCACAGUCCAGCAUAUUGAUGAAAAGGAAAGAAUCACCGGCUACAAACAAAGCUAGCGAUGUUUCGUUUCUGGUAGGAUUGCCUUUAUUUUAAUAGCAAACUAGAUCCUGUAGAUUAUUAUAAUAUUAUAGAAAACACAAAGACUGUUUUAAUAUUGAAAAGGGGCCAAAAGCGUCGGGGGACAAUGUCGGGUUCCGUGGUCGAGUUCCAGGCGCAGAUAGCCUCAAUCAUGGAGGUGCUUGCCAACGCGGCUGUAGCCGAAAUCUGCAAAGUUGUUGACGAUGGUUAUGCUGUUGUGCACCUGAAGAUGUCCCAAAGCCACAAGGAGAACGAAUUUCUCCGGAGGAAAAUGAAAUUGAUGGAACUUCAGAUCACCAGGUUUCGAGCAGAGAGAACAAAGUCUUCAGAGGGGUCCGUCCACAAUCGCUUCCAUGGAAUACGCCUCAUAAACAGACACAACCAUCGUGAGACGGCAACGACAGGACCUACUUGGCAAAGCAGAGCCAGACUUUCCAACAGGAGUCUUGGGAACAGCAGCAUUCAAAGAGACAGACAGCCCAUAGACGUGGACCAAGACGAUGUCUCUCCAUCAAAGCAUAUGGAUGCUACAAGUGAUGAGCAGUCAGCAGAGACAGAGGAAGGGCAACCAGACCUGCUGAUCAUCAAGGAUGAAGGAGUCGACGACGACCAGAAAUCUAGGUCCAGCCACCCGGCCAGAACAGUGGAGGGCAGCAGAGAACUAACCACCCAACCGGCUGCAGCGACCAGCAAGGAUCCCGCCUUCCAGCUCAGUGGCCCCAGAGGCAACAACUACAACAACAACGCUAUGGAGCAGUCAGCAGAGACAGAGGAAGGGCAACCAGACCUGCUGAUCAUCAAGGUGGAGGGAGAAGCAGAUGACCAGGACUCUAGGUUCAGCCACCCAGCCAGAACAGUGGAGGGCAGCAGAGAACUAACCACCCAACCAGCUGCAGCCACCACAGAGGACUCCGCCUUCCAGUCCAGUGGCCCCAAAGGCAACAACAAUUACAACAACAUCGCUAUGGAGGUCAGUGGAUCUGACGUCGUCUUCCAAUCAGAAACAGGGAAUGUGAACCAGGGACUCCAGCAGUACACAGGAUUUGAACCCAGAGCAGAGAGACCGAGUCUGGACAAUAAGUGUGACAUGUACGGGGGCCUCAAUCUCCUAAGAGAUUCUUUAAACCAGGUGUGCAGAGAUGUAGUAGCAACUGAUAAUGGAGCAUCAGCUGCUCACACUAAAGUAAUGGACCUAGGGAGUGGCCCAGUGGGCCUAGAACCACAGAAUAGCUCAGACAUAGAAAUGAGAAGUGUAGGGUUAGAAAACCACAGGUUUUCCCCCAAGUCAUUCCAUUCUUCAUCAGAACAUGUGAUAGUGAUUGACUCUGUAUCCAGUGGACAGCAGGUAGAUAGAGAAUUUGAGUGGGGUCAGGUCAAUGGGACUGGAAAUACGCAGGGAGAGGGAGUGUUUGAGAGGAACGCACCUACGAUGGCAAGCCUCCACUUUGAAAUACCAGGAAGAGGAGUUCAACAACCAGCUCAUACCUCACUUCCGGUCGGCCAUUUUAGACAAAGCGCCACAACUUCGUCUCACUCGAGUAAUCUUGCCACACACGUUAGACCGGACACCAUAGAGCGAUUGUACGGUUGCCUGAGCUGCCAUAAGAAGUUUGUCCACGAGAGUGACUUGCGGCAGCAUGUGGUCGUCCACAACAGAAAGCGGGCGUUCGCCUGCAACUUGUGUGAGAAGAGCUUUAUGUCCCGCACCGAUCUCCAAAUGCACCUGAACGUCCACACUGGGGAGAAGCCCUUCAGUUGUGCACAUUGUGGGCGCAGGUUUUCCCACUCCAGCAAUCUGAAAAGACAUCAGAAGCUUCAUCAUUGAGAAAUUGGACAGAAGCAAGAGAUUCCUAUUGAAAAAAGCUGUUCUAGCAAUAUCAUGAGUUCAAACUUGAUUUGUUCUACAGUGCAUUUGGGAAGUAGUCAAUCUAUACACACUACCCCAUAAUGACAAUACAAAACAGGUUAUACAUUUUUGUGUGUGUAUAUAUAUAUAUAUAUAUAUAUAUGGAGGUCAGUCAU